AUGGACGAAGAAACCCAGCCGUCGACCCAGCCCUACGCAGACCCUCGUCGGAAGGGUGUUAAUAACUCAGGCUUGAACCAGCAAGAUGUAGCAGAUAUCAUAUGCAUCCUGCAUCCAAACUCUCCUGCUGCACAUACAUCAGCCUCUAUAACGGCGGAUCGUAACCCUCAGCAUAUCCUCCAGCGGGAUGAGUUUGACUGUGAUCUGGGUGACUCAAUCUCCGGCGAAUCAACUUGGGAUAUUGCACUGCGGUUUUCUUCAUUAGUGAAGGACCAGAGUAUGGGCUUCUAUUUUGGCCGAAGUGUUACACGAUGCGACAUCAUAUUUGCCGCAGAUGACAGGGUAUCAAAUACCCAUUUUCGCAUAUAUCUGAAGCCUGAUGGUAUACUUAUGCUCCAAGAUACAUCUACUAAUGGGACUAUCGUGGACGGAAAGCUCAUCCGGAGAGACGGUAAAUAUGAUAGCCCAACAACCCAAAUGCUUAUGCCUGCAUCGGUCAUUCAUAUUGUUGGGAGUGAUUCGGCAUCAGCUAUAAAGUUUGUUGUUAGAGUGCCUCCUCGAGAUGAACUCCAAGCGCAAUACACUAGGAAUCUUACCCGGUACCUUAACCGAGCUCGUCAACUAAAUGCAAAGACAAGUGACCCUGGCCGUGGGGAGAUGCCUGCACCUGGAUUCGUUAUGCCCCAGAAUGGCCAUUCUUACGGAAUGCAUUGGAAUGGCGGAGCCAAGUAUAAUGUAACCGGUCAGAUUGGAAAGGGCGCUUUUGCGACUGUCUAUAAAUUGGCCACCAAGAACGAUGGUGCUGUAUUCGCUUGCAAGGAGUUGGAUAAACGGCGUCUCAUGAAGAACAAUGUUUUGGACCACAAAGUUGACAGCGAAAUGAGAAUCAUGAAAGACUUGGAUCACCCUAAUAUUGUACGCUUUCAUGAUUAUUUUGAUCUGAAUAACCGCUGGAUUUACAUUGUUAUGGAAUAUAUUGGAGGGGGUGAGCUUUCAAGCUACCUCAGUCUAUCUGGGAGUCUUCCUGAAGUUCAAGUGCAGACCAUUUCACGGCAGCUCCUCCACGCACUACAUUACCUUCACGCAAGGAAAAUAACCCACCGUGACAUCAAACCAGAUAAUAUACUCAUUUCGUCUUUUGACCCGUUUAUUAUCAAGUUGUCGGACUUUGGGCUCUCGAAGGUGUCGCAAGAGGAAACGUUUUUGAAAACAUUCUGUGGGACACUACUUUAUUGUGCACCAGAAGUAUACCCGGAAUAUGACUCCUAUAAACACCACCUUCCUCGGAAAAGGCGUCGACCGGGUGAUCCGUUACCCAGAACUUCACCGUAUGACCAGUCUGUUGAUAUGUGGUCGUUUGGCGCAGUGUCUUUCCACAUUCUCUGUGGCCACCCUCCAUUCAUGGGCCGUGGAGACGAUAGAGGGGCCCAGAUGUUACGAAAUAUAAUGACUACUGAAGCAGAUUAUACACUGCUAGAAAACGCUGGGAUAUCAUCGGACGGAAUAGAUUUUGUUUCCAGGCUGUUAAAUCGCGACCCUAAGGCUCGGCCAAAAGAACCAGAAUGUUUUCGCCAUCCAUGGAUCGUUGAUGUGGCGGAUGUAUUUGAGUAUGAGGAGGUGGGCGAGCCUGUUCAAACCGGGCCUCUUACCGAGCUGGUCGCUGUACCGGAAGUGAGUGAAGAUGAAGAUCUAGAUGCUUCAAACCUUGCAAUUAAUGAAAUGGCGAAUGCAAUAUCCAGACAUGGAAAGGGGGAAGUUGAGGAGGAAGGAGAGCUGUUAUCUUCUGACCAAAAUACCCAUGCGAAGAAGCCCCGUGUAACACUGGAACAGGAUCUUGGAAACAAAUAUGUCCAAGCCCCGGAUGAAGUCCGUUAUCCUUCACUACCGCAAUUUUCAAGCUAUGGAUUUGAAGCCAAAAGCAAUGUGAAACCCCCGUUAAAUGUACCUCGAUUAUUUGGAGAGAUUACAGAAUCUCUACUUAGGAGCUCUGGGGUCCUUGGCCGAGAUUAUUCCGAGGAGAUGGAUGUCGUCGUUCCCCAAGACGAGGACGACAAUGAUUCUACUGACCAGUACGUGAUUUCAAAUGGAGGCUCGAGUAUAAGCCAAGAUGUCUUUGCGGACGGAGGCCAACCGCACCCACCGCUUACAAUGAGGCCUCCCCCCCCUAAACUUUCAGACCCGAGCCUGAUGGGGGCAGAAUCUUUAGUAGGACACCUGAACAUGGAUUCUGUUGGCCAAAAGGACAUGGCAGCAGCUGCACAAAACGGUGACGCUACUGCUACGGGGAGAUUGCCAGACAGGGCAUCUCAGAGCAGCAGUAACCAUGCUUAUUCAUCUAAUGGCACAGAGAGGGCAAAAUUGGCUGGGAAUGGAGCUACAACUGCUCUGGAGUCUCUUUCUCCACAAAAUAGAAUCUCACCACCCGGUGAUAGACUUUCCUCGUAUAGAUCAGUAACCAGAGAUAUGAGCAGUAGCGUGGAAACCGAUAAACCUGCCGGCAUAACUGCAAGUGCAAAGUCGAGCAGUAAAAAUGAUAUUGACCAGAUUCCGGAUGAACUUGCAUGUACCAUUGACGAACGCACAGGCCUUGAAGUCCCUUCCCAGUCUCAACCAAACCCACUCGACCCUGAUCGACAAUAUAUCACACAUGAAAUUAAUGGAAACCAACAAGAUGAAAACGAUGAGAAUAGAGAGGUUGGUUUCGUCAAACCUGCUACGAUUCUGGGAAAGUUGACCCCCCUGCCAGGGUCUAUCAUCGACCAACCAAUUCGACUAGAGUCACGUAUGACAUCUUGGGGCCGAGGAACACAAGCGACAAUCCGUCACCCAGACUCCAUGGAUAUCCGCAUUCCUUUGUAUGCUCUUGAGCUGACAUUCUGGGCACCGUCGAUUGAAGCUCGCAUUGCUGAAGGAGAGGAUUGGCUACAGAUGAACGACGUUGUGACUCUGAUAUCCACGAAGACCAGCCGAUGUAUCUGGGUCAACGACGUCGAGCUACGCAAGGAAUCCCGGAACAAGGAUUCAUUUCUCUUUGGUAAGAUAUACACCGGCGACAUUAUCACUGUGUAUAGAAACAAAGACCAGAAUCUACGGUUCCGGUGCGAGUUUUAUCACGGAAACAGUAAACUGGAGAGGCCGAAAGAUGAGAUGAGGUUUACCAUCGAAGAGUCACCAAAGACAUCGUACACUGCUAGACCAGAAGGCGGUUCAGUAUCUAAACCAGAGCCCUUCUCUGGAGAUACACUGGACAAAGGCAGUGUUCCCGCUCCCACGAGCCGCCCGGCAAGUGUCAACAGCGCUGGCGCAGAUAAUAUGUCUACCUGA